AUGUCGGCUCGUGCAGCUUCAGCCAUCACUGCGCUCGCCGGGCACCGCGCCGUCCUCAUUCCGGCCGCCUCUGACUUCACUCCUCUGGUCUUGAUUGGCGGGACGGGCCAGUGGGUCGACUCGUGGACCACGCACGUCUCUGGCUUCCGAGACCGGCCGCUGCUCCUCUAUGAGACUGCAGGCCAAGGGAAGGUUGCUCACGACCUCUCCGACAUGACCCUCACACGGCACACACGCGACCUGCAGGCCGUGCUGGCCGCCGCGGGCUGGGCAGAUCGGCCCGUCGACCUGGCGGGCUUCUCCUUCGGAGGCCGCCUGGCGAUGGCGGCAGCCGCCUCGGGCGGGCUGCAGGUGCGCCGCGUCGUCUCCACCGCCGUGGCUUCCCGCCGCACCGCACGCGGACGCUUUGCGCUGCGCGGCUGCCUCGCGUCGCUGCGCUCGGGCGACAUGCAGGGCUUUGGCUACCAGAUCACGCUCGCCUCGUACUCGUCCUCCUUCCUCGCGGAGCACGAGGCGCGCGUCCCAAAGUGGGUCGACGCGUUGGCACGCGAGUGCACGAGCGAGGGGGUCGGGGCAAUCAUCGCCGAGACGCUGGCGACAGAGGAGGAGGAGCACCCGCUCCACACAGAGCGCCUCGCCAGCCGGAUCGCGUCUGCAGGCGCCGUCGAGGGCGGGCUCAUCAUCUCGGGCACCGAGGACGCCUUCUCGACGCUGAGCAGUGGCGCCGACCUCGCCCGCGUCGCUGGCUGGGAGCACCUGCCCAUCGAGGGCGCGGCGCACGCCGUGCCGCUCGAGAAGCCCCGCGCCUGGAGAGACGCGGUCAAGGGCUUCCUCGCGAAGCCAUGA